GGAGAGAGAGAGAGAGAGAGAGAGAGAGGCGUGUGAUUUCUCUUUGUACUGAAUGAAGAGUUCAGCCUGCUCCGCUCCUCUCUCUUCUCUUUUUAUAUAAGCAGAGUUUGCAUGCUGUAAAUAGCCCAAUAAGCCGGUUACACUUCACGUUUCACCGUAACGGUCGCUCCGGUUUGUUUUGUGGAAACGUCCGGCUACUGCCAACGUCUCUUUGAGCAAUUUUUGGACAACAAAAGCAUCAGGUCCAGCGCUGUUUCUUCGGGGGAUUCCAAGUCACACAUUUAUCAGCCGAGAUUUUUUUUUCAGUGAGGAAAAGGCCAGCACGUCAACAAAAGCCGCUUCGCCUCCUGACUGUCGCCCAUUUCACACUUCACACCUCCGGGGGGGAUUUUAGUAUCCCGAAGCGAGUGACGAUGGCUGAUACGAGCCCUCAACCCCGGGUAUAUUUCCAGACGCCGGGCGGCACCGCGGAGGAACCCGAGAUUCCGGUUCGGAAGCAGGGACGCGUUACCGUCAAAUAUGACCGUAAAGAGCUGAGGAAGAGACUGAACCUGGAGGAGUGGAUUAUCGACCAGCUAACGGACCUCUACGACUGUGAGGAGGAGGCCAUCCCAGAGCUGGAGAUCGAUGUGGACGAGCUGCUGGAUAUGCCCAGUGACGUAGAGCGGGGAGCCAGGGUCAAGGACUUAGUGGUCGAGUGUUUUAAGCCUACUGAGGACUUCGUCUCUGAGCUGCUGGACAAGAUCCGAGGGAUGCAGAAGCUCUCCACGCCUCAGAAGAAAUGAUGCGUCCCUCCUCCUCCUCCUCCUCCUCCUCCUCCUCCUCCUCCUCCUCCUCCUCCUCCUCCUCCUCCUCCUCCUCCUCCUCCUCCUCCUCCUCCUCCUCCUCCUCACCCACACCCUCCCCUCCACCUCUCGUCUUCCUACCUUGCUUUCCAUUUUUUUUUUUUUAACGUCAGUCUCCAUCCAUUGAGGGUCUUCUUGUUUCCUCUUGCCUGGAUCCAGCCCUAGCUUGAUUUCCAUGUGUUGUGACCUUCCUGUGUUGUUAGUCGGACGUUCUUCUUAAAAAACGAAGAUUGGUAAAGUUAAGUUAGCAACAAGUGUUUCAUUGGGCUUCAUCCAGGCACGUUCCUUCCUUCCCCUUUCCACUCCUCGUCCUUCACCCUUUGUUUUGGCUUUUACUCCUCUUCCUCCUCCAGCUCUUCUUCCUCCCACCCUCCCUUUAAACCACCCUCCAUCUGUCUGAGGAGGAAGAGAAAAAGAGGAGAGGAGUCAUAUAAUUACUGAGAGGAGCGGCUGAGAGUGGGAAGAGGAACAAGGGAAAGAGUCUCCGACGGCCAAAAAAGAGUGGAAGGCGGAAACAGCCAAUCAGCUUGAAGCAGGGCCUAAUCACUGCUUAUGUCUAUAAUGAGAUUCCUUGUUUUGUAAUGGGGUUACUCUUUUAGAUGAGUUACCAACCGUGAUUCUUGUGAUGCUUUCAGUGCAGGGGGGAUAUUCACUCGACUUUUUUGGCGGGGUCAGUACAGUCUUUUCAGAUAAUUCCUCCCAUAAUCAGAGGCAUUUGUUACACUGGUGCAUUUAAAGACUGUCCUUUUUUGUGUGUGGAUCUGCACUAUGUAAUUUUAUGGAAGAAAAUCUGAACCCUUUGACCACGAGAAAUAAUGGGACGUCAUUUUAGUCCAACAAAAAGAGAAAUCUGAUCCUGGAAAUAGUGGUUGAACCUUAAAAAAAAGUUGCUGUGGUGGUCUAACGGUUCGACUAAUUAUAGACUACAAAUCUUCCUUUGAGGCUAGAGUAGAAGUAGGUUCUCUUUAGGGUGGGUGUGCUUGAAUUACACAUUUUUGAGGAAGAAAAGUUUAUUUUCUUUCCUCAAUGCGUAGUGCAGUUGUAAGAGAGGCUCUUUAGAAGCACAUACAUGCAUUUGUGCGUCCGUGUUGCUAAAUGCUACAUGUUGCUACAUAAUGUACAGCAACAAACAUAAUAGGAGUGUUUUCCGGCCUGUAUAUUCUGCUGUUCAGUUCGACAAAUUAGAUUUAGUUUAAAUAGGACUGGUUCCUGGUUUUGUUUUUCUUGAUUUUGUCACACACACACUGACAGUCUGAAAGGGGAGUCCCAGAACAAAGCUGCCUUGUUUUUUUUUGUUUCAUCCCCUCUCUGUGUCUCUUCCUCACUUUUAUUCUUUUAUCUUUACUCAGUGCGCCACAUUGUUUUGUGUUUGGCAGGUGUCAGUUUGGAGCACACACACACACACACACACACACACACACACACACACACACACACACACACACACACACACACACACACACACACGUGGAAGCUGUGAAAUUGUCUUUAAAGCUCCACGUUGGUGUUGAGACUUUGUAAUGUCCUCUGCAUGCCAGUAGACCCACCAAUGGGAGGGAUGGAUGGAGGCCGCUGUUUUACAUUGAAGCUGUCUAAAUGCAUCCACCCUUCCUUUUCUUCUCUCGCUCACACUCACUCACACACACACACGCCACCCUCUGGGCGUAGAAAACGGAAACACACUAGCAAACACAGCUGCCUCUCACACAGAUGUGCACACACACACUGAGAGAGAAAGGGAGAGGGAGACAGGUCGGGAGCUGUCACAGGACCUGUGUGUGUUCCCCCUCCGCAGCUGCCAAUCAUCUGCGAGGAUAAGCCAUCUGCUUCUCAAUCUGAGCCAAUCGGAUCAGAGGCUGAAGCCCGUCGGCCAAUCGGAGACGCAUUAGCUGUGAUGCCUGUGGCCAAUUGCUAACACCUGCGGAGACAGCAGACCUCCACUGUCUGUCUUUCUCUCUCAGUGCCAACACACACACACACACACACACACACACAAAACACACACACACACACACACACACACACACACACACACACACACACACACACAGGCCCAUUUUCAUCUUGCUGUUCUGUCCUUCCUGCCUAUCAUCCCCCCUCCUCCUCCUCCCUCCCUCCCAUAUUCAUCCUUUUGUCCACCCUCCCUCCCUCAAUCCUUUUUCCUUUCCUUUAAAAAAAAAAAACAGAUGUUGCCUUAGGUAUUAUUUAUGUUACACAAACCAAAUAAAGGGGAGACAUUCAUUUUUUAAAAGGUAACUGCUAAACACGUGAGCAGAACUGCGACAUGUGGAGAAUAUAUUGUCGCUCCUUUUUUGGAAAACAAAAUGAGAUUUCUUUUUUUUUUCUUUUUAGAAGUGAGUGUUUAAUACUUAGGCCUUGAUACAGUGAUUUUGCUUAGAUGAAACAAUGUUCCUUGCAUUUACCAUUUGAAUACUGGGCUGUUUUUAUUGUGAUCAUGACACUUAUUGAUGCCAUGCCUUGGAUUAACAUAGCUGAACACAAAUCCACUCAGAUACACCUUGGUGCGAUUGCUUUUGCCUUCCUAGUGGGGUUUCCAAAUCGAGCACGGUCUGCGUUUUAUUUCGGAGACAUCGGAUUGUACCAGGCACGCUCAAUCAGUAGGUGAAUUUGAGUGGAUUUUCUUGUCUGAAUCCAGGUUUGGAUUAUAUCUUCUUAGACUGUUAUUGAGGAGUCUGUUUUUUUACUGUUGGAGAAAAUUGCAAAAAAAAAUUAUAUACUGAUUAUCAUCAUUGAGGCUAAAUACAAGAGCUAAACUGUGCAGAUUGAAAGAGUGAAGGUGUUUUUUUUGGACAAUGAUUAGAUCGAAACCACAAACAAAUGUAGCAAUAUCAACAACAGGUCUUGUUUUUGCCCAAUUUUGUUACACUUUUAUGCAACUUUAAUAAAAACAUAAAUGGAAAUAC